AUGAAGCCUCAGAACAUCAGGACUCUGUCCCUCAUCCUCUCGGUUGUUUUCUACCUGCUCGUCGGAGCUGCUGUGUUCGACGCCCUGGAGACGGAGAGCGAGAGCUCCAGGAAGAAGGUGUUGGAGCAGCAGCUGAACGAGCUGAAGACAAAGUUGGGCUUCAUGGAGGAGGACUACAAACAGAUGGAGAGGGUCAUCCUGCAGUCUGAGCAGCACCGGGGCGGCAGGCAGUGGAAGUUCACCGGCUCUUUUUACUUUGCCGUCACUGUCAUCACCACCAUCGGUUAUGGCCAUGCUGUUCCACGCACUGACGCUGGCAAGGCCUUCUGUAUGUUCUACGCAGUCCUGGGCAUCCCUCUGAUGCUGGUCAUGUUCCAAAGUCUGGGCGAGAGGAUCAACACUUUUGUCCGAUACCUCCUGUGCAGGGCCAAGCAUGGCCUCGGCUUCAGGAGGACAGAGGUAUCUAUGGGGAACAUGGUUCUGGUGGGUCUUCUGUCCUGUGUGAGCACCUUGUGCAUUGGAGCUGCAGCUUUCGCCCACUUUGAGGAAUGGACCUUCUUCAACGCUUACUACUACUGCUUCGUCACACUCACCACCAUCGGCUUUGGGGAUUUUGUUGCCCUGAAGAAGAGCAAUGCGCUCCAGGAACGACCGCCCUACGUGGCCUUUUGCUUCAUGUACAUUUUGGUAGGGCUGACAGUCAUUGGAGCUUUCCUCAACCUGGUGGUGCUCAGGUUUCUCACUGUAAGCUCAGAUGACACACAUGUGAGCACUGAAGAAGAAGAGUGGCAAUCACAGCUGAAGGAGAUGAAAGGAGAGAGAAAGGUGAUGGAAACUGACAACCACAGACUCAUUGAAGCUCACAGCUCUGACCUGGAGCCCAGCAGAUUCAGGACCUUGCUCUUGUGUAUGUGCUGUGGGCUGGAUAGCGUUAGCACCUCCUCUCAGCGGCUCCAUGAACAGACAGGUGGUCACAGCAACCCGGUCUUUUAUAACUCCAUCUCCUACAGGGUGGACCACAUCUCCUGCAGCUCUGCUAACGCCUCGGCUCAUGCUUCUCCUCGCCUUGCAGCGUUCUCUCAGAGCCAGAACAGCUGUUACAUCAGACGGAAGUCUUUUUGA